ACUAACUCUUCAAACAGACCAUCACAAACUCAAACACUGCUCGCCUACCCUGUGCCGCACCUCCAAACAACAUUCAUCCGUCAAAUCGCAACGACAAGCCUCUUGCGGACACAACAAAGAUGGAGGAUAUCUUGGCACGUUUGAAGCUGAAUGAUGCACGCAAGUCCAGUCAUGAAAACGCCUCACUUGACCGUCUCCUCACCAAUCUUCAAGACCAAAACAAAGCUCUGAAGAGACAAGAGGAGGAAAUCAAGAACGAUUGUGGCUCCGAUGGACAUCGACCUGUUUCUUGCGGUGGUUCUGAUAACUCUGACAGAGGAGUUACAACUGCUCUUUCGUCCAAAGCUGAAAUCGUUGGUCCGGCUAUUUCGAUGUCCACUGCCAAAGCAGACGCUGCUGAGAUUGCCCGUGUCAAGCAAGAACUCGAGGAUGCUCGAUCUCUCAUCUCUCGCCAAGCGCAAGAACUUGCUGAGACUCGUACGUUGAAGCAGACCAUGGACCAAGCUAUGGGACCACCUUCGGAAAUUGGAGACACUGGUUCUUGCAAUGAAAUCUCUGAGCAUACCAUUGGUCAUCUGCAGAGCACUUUCAAUGCUUCAGCUCAUCCCUUCACCUCAAAUGCAGACCAUUGGCCCAUGCAUGGCAAUGUUCAGGUACAUCAGGAACUAUCCGAACCUUUGGCUGGAAAUUUCGGACGAGGUCGCGGCAUUUGGCAAAACCACUCAGGUUCAAUGACCAAUUUGUCUUCUACCAGUCUAUCCGGGCCAAGUUAUACCAACGGUCGCGAUGUCCGACUCUCUAGCCAAACCAGCAGUGGUGUGUACAGCACUGGUCCCAUCUCCCCUGUUGAUGCCAGCUAUCAGCAAGGACGAAACCUGCCUUUGCCCAAUGGUGCUCAAUCCUAUGGAGGCAACGAUCUGUUGGGUGUUACGUCUCAACUCGGAAUGAGACGUAACGCUCACCCACUUCGGAUCAACACUUCAGCUAUGAAUGAUAGCCUGGCUGCUCUCGGAAACUUUGCUCCUGCGUCCUCAGCACUGACUCCACCGCCCAUUACCCCUUCCAUGGGCUAUGGAACCAAUCAUUACAACUAUCAGCAACGUGGCCUGCCUCCGAUCUCACCUGCUGUCACUGACUUUCCAGGUUCGUCUGGACAAACUCCAGCCACUCCGUGGCCCAUUUCGGCUGGCGGCGUUGGUGGUCAGACAUAUGUUACGUCUCUCGAACCCAUGAAUUAUCGACGUCUUCUCGACAAGUCGGUCUCAUGUGAUUGGAAGUACAUUGUGGACAAGAUUGUUUGCAACAACGACCAGCAAGCAAGCAUCUUCUUGCAACAGAAACUCAAGGUCGGCACUGCUGAACAGAAGUAUGAGAUUGUCGAAUCGAUCGUCAACCAGGCCUAUCCAUUGAUGAUCAACCGCUUCGGCAAUUUUCUGGUCCAGCGUUGUUUCGAGCACGGAACUCCAGAACAGGUUGUUGCAAUUGCUAAUGCCAUCAAUGGCAACGUCCUUUCAUUGAGCAUGGACCCGUUCGGGUGCCAUGUUGUGCAGAAAGCCUUUGACUCAGUUCCUGAGGACCACAAGGCUGAGAUGGUUCGCGAGCUACUCCGACGCAUUCCAGACACUGUCAUUCAUCGUUAUGCUUGUCACGUCUGGCAAAAGUUGUUCGAGCUCAGAUGGAGUGGAGAACCACCUCAGAUCAUGUUGAAGGUCAACGAAGCUUUGCGUGGAAUGUGGCAUGAAGUGGCCUUGGGCGAGACAGGAAGUCUUGUUGUCCAAAACAUCUUCGAGAAUUGCGUCGAAGAUGAGAAGCGACCUGCGAUUGAAGAGGUGAUCAGCAACAUCGACCUGAUCGCCCAUGGCCAGUUUGGAAACUGGUGCAUUCAACAUCUGUGUGAGCACGGAUCUCCCCCAGACAAACGCCGAGUCAUCGACCACAUUCUUCACAAUGCAUACAACUACAGCAUCGACCAGUUUGCAUCCAAAGUUGUGGAGAAGUGCCUCAAAAUUGGGGGUCCCGAGUUCCUGGAUCGCUACCUCAGUGUCAUUACGACAGCACACCCGGAUCGACCACGCAUCCCGCUGAUUGACAUUGCUGGUGAUCAGUACGGCAACUAUCUCAUCCAAUGGAUCUUGAUGAACACUCAUCACCAUCAGCGAGAGCAAGUGGCGAUUCAUAUUCGAAAGCACAUGGUGUCGCUGCGUGGUUCCAAGUUUGGCUCCCGCGUUGCGAUGCUCUGCUGCAACCCGAAUUCUGUCACUCGACCAGGGCCAGGCGCAGCCGUGAAUCCAUUCGGUGCCCCGGGUCAGCCACGUAACCAGUGGGCUCGGUAUCGCUGAAAGCCAAGCACCAUGCCACUAAUCGACAUGAUGGCAAUCUCAUCUACUUAUGGAACAUCUCUGUCGAAAUGCACGGUAUGAUAGCAAUCGUCGAUACAAUAAGGAGCAUAUCCUACGGCUUGAAUACUCGCUCUUCGGCAGGGUAGGACAGCAGCGAAACUCGACCAAUGCGAUUGAACCACCUCGACGAGUCAUGUUGGCAUAUUUCAUACUUGUAUUUCUUUUAUCAGCACACGCGUUUGCACAUGGAACGAGCACCUGUGAUCAAUGUUGGGCAGUGGAGGGAUGAUUGGCUGUGGUGAUCCAUAUCUCCAGGGGCGUGGGGCAGGGCCAAAAGUAUGUUGCGGAAUGUGACCAUGGAGCAAGGAUAUCUAUCUUUCUUAACGGUGCAUUCUAGCCAGAUGCAUGGUACUGGAAGUGAAAGGAUAUGUCCUGUUAUCGAGUCAAGUCAUGCACAAGCACGCGGAAUAGUCACAGAGCAUGUAAUUAGUUAGCAUAGGC